UAAAUGAAGGGUUUAAUUUUAAGUCUGAGUAGUUCGAGUAAUUAACUCAAAGUAGAAUGUGUUUUAUUACAUGUGGCGGACUCUAAAGACGGACUCCUCAUAUUUUCACUCAUUUUCUGACCACCGUCUUUAUGCAGAUGACAUUAAAGUUUUUGUUCCAGUGAUGCAAGAGGAUGAUUGCAGCGCACUCCAAUUUCUUCUUAACUCACUCUCUUCCUGGUGUGCGUCAAACUUCUUAGAGCUCUGUCCUAGUAAAUGUAGCGUCAUCUCUUAUUGUCGUCGUCAUUCCCCUCUUAUUCACAAUUAUGUUCUUAAUUACACUGUUAUCAACAGGAUGUCAUGUGUUCGCGAUUUAGGUGUUAUCUUAGAGGAAAGGCUAUCAUUUGAUAGUCAUCUUGAAUUGAUCAUCGGAAAAGCUUACAGGGUUUCUCAAGCCAGCUCAACAUCGUAACACUAUUUUUCGAACAGGUUAAACGAAUGUCAUCAUCGUAUAUAAUUCGAAUCCGUAAACUCUUUUCAAUUUGGUAACACUAGGUUUUGGACCCGUAAAAUCCCAACUCAAAUCUGGAAAAUGUAUGUUGGCUGUCUUGCCACCGUUAAAGAUAUACAAGCACAUUUAUCGAUACACAGAGAGAGAAAGCACACAUCAUUGACAAAAAAAAUAAAAAGUAAAGGACUCAAGACACUACCCUGGGGUACACCCGACGAACAAUGAAACAUGGCAUUGUAAUGUUCCCUAGUGCGCCCUGUUGAGUAUGCUUCUGUUGUCUUCAGUGCUAACAGGGCAGGUUGGAAUAACAAACUCGAAGGCGUGCAAAAGCGCUUCACUAGGUGUUUAUAUCGUCGUCUCUUUGGAAAUUCCACCACCACAUUGACGUCAUACAGUGAUCGUUGCAUAUUAUUCAAUCUUGACACCCUCAAAUCUAGACGAACUACUAAAGCACGCGUGUCAUUUAUCAGCAAUUUGUUACGAGGGAAUGUAGAUGCUCAUACUUGCUUUCCUAACUUAGUUGGUAUGUUCCUUCCAGGUGUUUAAGAAAUCGGACUGCUCUUGCAAUAGUUUUUCGCAAUACAGCUUUUGGCACUAACGACUUGUUUCCGUCAAUUCAAUAAACAUUACCAUUCUUACCCGCUGCUUAUUUUCCUUUCACUAUAUAUUUCCAUGCUGUUACAUCCCCUUAGUUUAGUUUAAUUCCAAUUAGUUUAAUACCAAUAGGGCUAGUUAGGUUUUAAGCAAUGUAUGUUCAACCCCAGAGGCAGACAUAUUCAAAGUAAUAAAUGAAAAAAGAGAAUAAAUUGAUUGUGGCUUUCCAUCUGACUGGCAGACACAAGCGUCCUCGUAAACCGUACUGUUUUGUUUUGUAGUUUUGAUGCGAAUAUUGUAAAUAAUCCUAAAUCACUCUGUAUGUACAUGUAUACUAAAUCACUUAUUCUACGUGUUAAAUGCUCUUAUUGAUGUCAUCUAAUAUCCCUCCAUAAUCCCAUGCUAGUUAGGUUAGGAACAUAGGUAAUAAACAUAAUUCAUGUAUUUGUGUAAUCAAAAGAUCGAUAAAUCAAUGAAUAUCAUAGGAAUAAAUUGUGUGAAGUGCGUGGAUUUUCCAAAGUACAGUGACUGGUUUCAUGUGUCACUUCAAAGUAUCAAAGUAAUUACGCUAAUGUACUAUUUCUGAGACUCCGAGCCCGCGCAAAAUGUGAGAUAUAUCGCUUAUUGAUUCUACCAGGUAGUCCUUUAUGGACACGAGUCAUGGACCAUUCGUGCGGAAGAUGCGAAAUCUGGAGUCCGUCUCGUGGUAUAGUUGUCAACCCGCACGGCUUAACAUCAUGCCCAUCGUGGUUUAAAGCCACACACGGAACUCAUACGGAGUUUUACGCGAAUAUUAAAAAGAAGCAUAAGGCUAGAACUUAUUUUCAAGCCUUUUCAAUCUAUGGAGGAACGGUGUAGAUGACGAAUCUUUAGUUAUAAGACAUUUGUAACAUUCAAAACUAAAUAUAAUGAAACAGAACUUAUUAUCAGAAGAGCUGAGUAACACAUAUCUUAAAAAUUAGAAUUGUUUUCGAUUCAGCACUUCCAUAUGGUACAUAGUUGCAGCGAUUGGGUUUGAGUCAUUUUGAAAUAAUAACAACUCGAGUAUUUUCAUUAUUUGCAUGCUUAUCAUGCAUACCAAAUAAAAACAAAGAAAUCACACAUGACUAACACCGCCUUAAUAUUUUCGCUGCUAAGUCCUAUUAACAAUCCUCCGUUGUCUGGUAUAUAGGAGCAUGUAUUUCUAAUGAAUUGAAAAUAUUGUUUACGAUUAAAAAAGUAAGGCAAAAACCAACAAUUAUCGCCGCUUUAAUGACAAACAAUUCAAUUCACAUAAUUAUUAUAUGCAUGAUAAAUAUUAUAUUUCAUUCCGAUGAACCUUGUUUUUCUCUUGAUCUCAAAACAUAAGAAAUCGUAUAAAAGCGCAAGCAAAAUAUUUUAUGCUUUCAUUCGAUAGUAACUGUGGAUGAAAAGAAGACAGAUAGGCAACGAUUUGCCAUUUUAGUAGAUUUUGUUGGUCAUGUUUGGUUAAUCAAUCGUAAGGAAGGUGACAGCAAACGCAGUGAACAGCUCUAAUCUAAUUGUGGCUCAUAUUCUAUUCAAUGGCCACUCAGAUAUUGUGCUGGCUGAGCCUGCUGGUCUUACUGACAGCACAAGCUAGUGGCAAAAACAUCAACAUUGAUAAGUCACCUAUUGUCCAAUCAACAGUAGAAUGGUCAGGAUUCAACGUUCAACUCAUGCUGCACAUAAACCGUUGCCAGCUGGAAGUGACUUGUUCCGACAAGCCCGACUUUCAACUUCUUGAAAACCUCCAAAAUCUACCCAGCUUCAAGUUUGAAGAGCUGGCUUAUCAAAACUGCCCACUCCCGGUAGGCAAUCAGUCGCUCGUGGAUCUGCUCUCGGCCCUUCUCGAUCCCACCCAACUUUCCUCCAUCCGCAGGCUUUUCUUCGUCGACAAUGCGAAGCUUUCGAACCAUGUUACGCUCGGUCCGCAUUUAUUUGCCGAUCUGCCCGCACUGCAGGUGCUGUCGAUGAAAAAUUCUUCCCGCAUGCCGCUCGACAAUCCGGAACUGUUCAAGUACCUGCGCAGCGUAACGUGGCUCGAUCUGCGAGAAGGCGACGGUGGCAGUCGCAACUCAAAAAUGUUGCUACACACACUGACUCAGUUGACCACGCUCGAGUUGACGGAAAAUGAGCUCACCACACUACCAACUGAGCUGAUCACCGAUUUGCCCAGCCUCGGAUCACUAACGUUGUACCAUAAUAUGUUGGAGCGUAUCGAACAGUUUGCUGACCUCCCGAAUCUCACUUCACUUGAUCUAACGUAUAACGAGCUGGAUACCCUGCAAGAGGACGUGUUCGAUAAGCUGCCGAACCUUACACAACUGUUCCUCAAUUCGAACAAGCUCACAAGCCUACCUUCCGGGCUGCUCAAGCGUAACACCAAGCUUACGGUGUUUCGGGCAGACAAUCAGCGUGGCUCUGGACUUGUACUGGGAGAUGAACUGUUCGCAGGACUAACGAUGCUUGAGGACGUCUCUGUAUCAAACUGUAAAUUGACAACACUGUCGGCAGGACUCUUUACCGUGGCUAGCAAGUUAACCAAACUCAACCUCAGCGACAACAAGCUUCAAAGCCUCCCGGAAAAUUUAUUGCGUCAUUCGUCCAACUUGAAGGAGCUCUAUUUACAGAACAACGAGUUAAUGAACAAGUUGCCAGACACCCUGCUGCAGAGUGCCACUCAGCUACGCAUUCUCAACCUUGGUCAUAACAAUCUAACAACAUUGAGCCAAUAUCUGCUGAAAUCUCAACACUCUUUGGAAGAGCUGCAUCUUGAAUAUAACCAGUUCUAUAUGAUCGAUAGGGAUGCGUUCAUGUCUCAGGCACAGUCACUAAAAAUGCUCAAUCUUAGCCACAACCAAGUGGCACUGCAUGAAAAUGGUACAGAUGUAUUUUACCUCGACGGUAAAACAUAUUAUAUAUCGCGGACUCCGUUCUACAUCCUGGCUCGAUUGACCGUCUUGGAUCUUUCGUACAACGCAAUCGUUAAAAUAUUUAAAGACUUCAAAGGCUUCAUGGGAAGCCUUCGAUCACUCGACCUGUCACACAACUUAAUAACAAAUGUUAGCUAUGCAAACUUCCCAUUUCUAUCACCGAAUAUUGAACAAGUUAAUUUGCAAUCAAACCAGAUUACUCAAUACGACCUCCGCAACAACCCAAUUUAUCCUACUUGCAUGCCCUGCAAUAUUCGUCUAGCUGAUAAUCUUCUCAAAAUGGAUGACUUUGUAUAUAAGAGUGGCAGGUGCGCUCGUGACAAUGAUCCAUGAUAUUAGUAUGUAGCUUCUUAUAAAUAUUACCAAUGUUUAUCCAGCACAGUGUAGAUCUUGCAUUUCUGUUGAACAAUGAAACGGAAAGGAAAACAGAAAGAAAUAAAACUAAA